AUGUCAUCAUCAUCACGAGCAUCCUUGUCUUUACCUGUACAUGACUGUUCUGCUCCUUCUUUGGACUUUGAUCUUCAGGAAAAGUUUAUUCUUCACACUUUAAACAGUAAAAAUAUUGACGCUUGGAUGCAGGAGCUAAGUGAAAGUGAAAUUCAGAAUACUAAUCUCAGGAAAAAAAUACUUGAAAGGGAGAAACAGAUUAAAGAACUUUCAUCCAUGCUCCAGUGUGAAAAAACCAAGGUACAGAAACAGGACCACCUGUCAAAAUCAGUAAAGGAAGUACAAGCUCACCUGCAGCGUCAGAUUAAAAGAAAAGAAGCAGAAAAUUAUGGAUUAAGAGUGAAAAUGCAGACUCUACAAAAUAAAAUAGCCGAGUGGAAACAUCAAAUUGGUGAAUACAAGUGCCAGAAGUUAGCCUUAAAGGAAACAAGUGAGCAAAAGAAGAUAGCUCUGGAAAAAGCAAUAAGGUCCCAGAAACAAAGAGCUCAACACUUAGAAGAAGCUGUGAAAGAUGUAACCUCAAAAAUAAAAGAACAUGAAGUCAAACUGGAUGAGAUACUGUCAGCUUCUGAUGUCUGGAAAAACCAGCAUGAUAGAAUAGUUGAAGAAAAGACAAUGUUAGAAGUUCAAAUAGAAGAUCUUGAGAAUCAGAUCCAAGGCCUGAUGGAAGACAUGGAAAGAAGGGAGAAAUGGAGAAGAAACUCAGAAGAGGAAAUUCUUGGAAAGCUAAAUUCUGUUAACUCUGAAAAUGAAAAGAUUUACCUUGAAAACAAAAAAUUAAAGGCUUCCUUUGCUACAUUGGAGAAAAGUGCAGUGUCUGUUGAAUAUGAGUUGCUUCAUCUGCAAGAAAAAGCACAGCUGCAGGAAAACCUUGUAGAACAGCAUAAAAAUGAGGUACAAAAAAGACAAAUUGCUGUGGAAGAAUUGAAAUCCAGAUAUGAAACAGUCUUAAAUGAAAACAAAAAAAUAACAGAAAACAGAUGCUUAGAAGCAGAUAAGGUGAGGCACAAAAUGAAGGCUGAGUUAAAGGAGUUCGAACAUGUUUGUGACUUGCUGAAAGCAGCUGAGGAAAACCAGCAAAAACUUCUGGCCUGGGAAAGGAUCUGUGCACAGAAAUGCAAAACCCUCAGGGAGCUGGAGCUUCAGGAUAACCAUAGUGUAACUUCUAUGGGCAAUCUUUGCUUAGAAGAAGAGAUUGGUAACAUUCAGAAGAAAUAUGGAGAUCUUCAAAGGCAAUUAGGACAGGUGGAAUAUCAGAAUGAAGAACUUGCUUACCAGCUCAGGAAAGAAGAUGAGACUCUUCAGAGCAGUAAAUUGCAGCUUAAAGAGAAAAUUGCAGAAUAUAAUGCAUUGACCAGACAACUUGAAUCUGCUUUGGAAGAAGGGAGAAAAAUGGUAGCUGAAGAAUGGGAAAAAAUGUCAUACAGAGAACAAGCCUUUCAGACAAAACUUCUACUUCUUGAAGCUGAAGUGAGAAAGAGGCAAGAAGAAAAAAACCAACUCCUCUGCUUAUUUCACCAUAAUGAAAAGCAUCAUGAAGUACAUUUGAAGGAGCUGGAGAACAGCCUACAGAAGUCAGUGAUCAAGAACCAGAGCAUGCAGAAUUAUGUGCAGUUUUUGAAAGAUGCAUAUGUAACAAUGUUUGGCUGA